GAGCAGUGAACACUGCGUAGGGACCCUGUCGAAUCGAACGCACCUCGAUCUGACGGAGUAAACACUGAUCAUGUGACCAGCAGCUGAGCUGAGGCAGUUUGAGGAAACACACACACACACACACACACACACACACACACUAAUCAACAUUAAACCAGCAGGUCCUGAUGACGUCACUUCUUCUUCUUCUGUGUUUGUGUGGCUCCGCCUCCGCCGUGCCGCCCAUAGGAACCCAGCCGGAGCAGGUGCACAUCUCCUAUCCAGGUGUGUCGGGCUCUAUGCUGGUCACAUGGUCCACAGCCAAUGAGACGGAGAGUGUGGUGGAGUUCGGGGUGUGGGGGGGGCCGCUCUUCAGCCGCUCGGCGAAGGGAAACUCCCGCGUGUUCGUGAACGAGGGGCCCGAGCGCAGACGUGUGUUUGUCCACCGGGUGGCGCUGGUUGACCUGAGGCCCGGUACCGCCUACGUGUAUCACUGUGGCAGUGACUCUGGCUGGAGUGAUGUGUUCUCCUUCACCGCUCUGAAUGAAAGCGUGAGUUUCAGCCCCAGAUUCGCCGUGUUCGGAGACAUGGGUAACGAGAACCCCCAGUCCCUGAGCCGGCUGCAGAAGGAGACACAGAUGGGUGUGUACGACGCCAUCCUGCACAUCGGGGACUUUGCGUAUGACAUGGAUGAGGACAACGGUAGGAUCGGUGAUGAGUUCAUGAAGCAGAUCCAGUCCAUCGCUGCUUACACACCGUACAUGACCUGUCCGGGGAACCACGAGUCGGCAUUUAAUUUCUCCCACUACCGGAAUCGCUUCAGUAUGCCGGGACACACGGAGAAUCUGUGGUACAGCUGGAACGUCGGUCCCGCCCACAUCAUCUCCUUCUCCACUGAAGUCUAUUUCUAUCUGGAGUACGGCCUUGAUCUGCUGUUCAGACAGUACGAGUGGCUACGGAAGGAUCUGGAGGAGGCAUCCCGUCCUGAGAAUCGAGCGCAGAGGCCGUGGAUCAUCACGAUGGGACACAGACCCAUGUAUUGUUCUGAUGAUGAUGGUGACGACUGCACACGCUUUCAGAGUCACGUCCGCCUCGGACGCAACGACACGAAGCCUGUGUCUCCGGGACUGGAGGAUUUAUUCUAUCAGUACGGAGUGGAUCUGGAGCUGUGGGCUCACGAACACACGUAUGAGCGACUCUGGCCUGUGUACGGAUUCAAGGUGUUUAACGGGAGCUCUGAAGAGCCGUAUGUGAAUCCUAAAGCGCCCGUGCACAUCAUCACCGGAUCAGCCGGAUGUCGAGAAAAGCACGACGGCUUCAUCCCGAAGCCUCGAGACUGGAGCGCGUUCAGAAGCACUGAUUACGGAUACACACGCAUGCGUCUGAUCAACCACACACACCUGUACCUGGAGCAGGUGUCCGACGACCAGUACGGUAAAGUGAUCGAUCAGAUCACGCUGGUGAAGGAGAAACAUGGACCGGACGCCUGGCUCUGAAGAUCCUGAUCCACAUCGCACACACACACACACACACACACACACACACACACACUCUCUCUCUCUCUCAGGAAACACUGAAACCCAAUCAGAAGCACUUUAGCUGUGAUCUUACACUCGGCAGCAGGAGAUCAGUGGAGCUCCUCUAUAGCUCUCGCACGCACACACACACACGCACACACACACACGCACACACACACACAUGUUUGGAGUUUGCAGUGGAGACGCCUCUCCAGACUCGGGAUUACCCAGAGUCCCCAGCGGGAACACUUCACAGAGGACAUCGAGAUCUCAGCGUCAGGCGGAUGGACCGAUGGAGAUGUCUUCAUUGAUCUAGCUUGUAAAUGAUUAUAUUUUAAUAAGGAGAUUAAGUGCUGUAUGUAAUCUAACCAUGAAAUCUGUUCCCAAAUGCUGCUGGAUGACACAUGCUGCUUUUUAAGGGGACGUUCACACAAAACAUGGUUUUAAGAUUUUUUUUUAUUCAUAUCUUUUUUACUUGAGCGCCUCAUUUUUAUAACUGUGUUUUGCAUGAGAUUGUGCAAUUCAUGAUUAAUGAUGAAAAUAUAGUAAUGUAAUAUCUCCUUUUAUUUUCUCAUUAGCUUCUCCUUUUGCAUGUUUGUACGGUUGAAAACGCAAUUACAGUAGACAUGAUUGAGUAAAUAAAAUGCGAUACUCUUGCGUUA